AUGCUCUCAUUAGCGCGGGUGUGCACAGAACGCGCCGCGUGUAGCAUCCGAGCCGUGGUCCAGGUGGCGCCCAUGAGUGCGGGGCCGACUGCCGCCACGGCCGCGGCCGUAGCAGCCGCCGCCCGCCCUCCGGCGCCCAUUCAUCCACGACACGCUGUUGUGCACGAGGUGAGCGACCACGAGUCGGGCGGACGGACGAUUCGCAUCUUGGCUGCGCUUGCACCGCAUGUCUCGCGGACGGCUCUCUUCCGCCUCCUUCGCGAGGGUGACGUCCGGGUGGUGCUCCCGCGGCCGGCACCUGGCGCUCCCGCCGAGGGCUCCCAUGGGUGUGCCAACAAGCGACGGGCGCACUCGCUCCGGCUCCCUACCGGUUCGCUGGUCACUGCUGCCCCGGCUGCCACACGCAUGCUCGCUGUGGAGCGGCAGGCAGGUCGAGACGGCGAGCGAUGGCGAAUGCAGACCAAGGUCAAUCUUCCACACGAUGCCGAGCUCGGGGUCAACGAGCUCAUCCAGUUUGCCACGCCCGAGGUGCUUGUUGUCGACAAGCCAGUGGGCAUGGCCGCACAAGGCGGCUCACCCGCCGACAUGCACAGCUCGGUCGACGCGCUGCUGACCCACGCGGCCGAGCGCGGCGAGCUGCCCGGCCCAGACAGACUCGCCUUUGUCCGCCCACGGCUGGUGCAUCGCUUGGACCGAUGCACGUCAGGCCUGAUGGUGCUAGCGCGGACGCGAUCUGUUGCCGCCGACCUUGCGCACUCGUUUGCGGGCCAAACCGUGAGCAAGGGCUACCUCGGCGUCGUCACCGGCGUACUCGAGCCGGGUUCGACGCACACCAUCAACCUCGCGCUGCGAACCGACGGCCAUCGCGUCUCGCCAUGCGGGACCGAUGCCGCCGGCGCCAAGGCUGCUGUGACCUAUGCCGAAGCCAUUGCCGAGCUUGGCAACGGCAGCACGCUCGUGGCCUUCUUCCCCUCUACUGGGCGCAAGCACCAGAUCCGAGCCCACGCCGCCUACGGGCUCGACAUGCCGCUCGUUGGCGACAUGGUCUACGACGCUCGGACCGGCCAGCGGCCGCAUGUCCCUCGGCUCAUGCUCCAUGCCUCGGCUAUUGCGCUGCCGAGCAUCAACCUGGCGAUCACCUCACGACCACCCGACUCGUUUGCUGCUGCGCUCGGCCUCCCGACCUCAACGCUCGACGCCGCGGUGCGCAAAGUCGAAGCACGUGUCCGCGACAGUGUAGACCUCGCGCAAUCGCCAACUUCACUUCCGUCCACAACGUCGACCAUGGACGCCACAGAGGUUUGCGCAGAGAUGCGGGCGCUGCCCAAGGUCGAGCUCCAUCGGCACCUCGAGGGCUCGUUGCGGCUGGAGAGCCUUGCUGCCCUCCUGCCUGUGGAGCGCGACGAGGCGGCGGCGGCGACGCUGGCGGCGAGCGGUGGCGACCGGAUGACGGCGGCGCGAGCGUACUACUGCAUUACCACGCCGGUGACUUCGCUUACAGAGUGUAUGGACCGAUUCGGUCGGCUGCAGGCGGUGUUUACAGACGCCGAAGUCAUUGCGAGGCUGACGGCCGAGGUGGUGAUCGACUCCGCCCGCGACGGUAUCGCUCUUCUCGAGCUCCGAUACUCGCCAGGCUACAUCGGCAUGGCCUGCGGCCUGGACUACGCCGCCGUCCACGACGCGGUGCGCAAGGGCGUGGCGGAUGGCCGCAACCAUCCUGACGCAGCAGGCCUGGUCGGUCUAGGUCUCAUCGGCAUCAUCGAUCGGUUCCAGACGCCGGCAGAAGCGCUGACCAUCGCAAAGUUCUUUGUGGAUGCCGGUGACUUUAUCGGCGUCGAUCUGGCCAACGACGAGGCUGCGUUUUGCGACUCGGUCUUUCCUGAAGCCUUUGCGCAUGCUGCUGCCCAUGGCCUCAAGGUCACAGUCCAUGCUGGCGAGGUCGACUCGCCGCUCUCGGCCGGCUGGGUGGUGCGCGCAGUGAAAGAGCAGGGUGCGGUCCGGAUUGGCCACGGCAUCCACGUCAUGGACGCCGACGACGCCGUCGCCGUCGUCCGCAGCGCAGGUACCGUCUUUGAGAUCUCACCGUCGUCCAACUACCUCAUCAACGCCGUCGCGUCGCUCGAGAGCCACCCGGUCCGGGCCAUGCUCGACGCCGGCCUUCCGAUUUGUCUCAACACCGAUGAUCCGGGCCUGUUUGACAUCACGCUCUCGGGCGAGCUUGUCACGGCCAUCCACAAGUGUGGCCUCACACGUGCCGAGGUCAUCCAGGCCAAUAUCACUGCGCUCGACGCCUCGUUUCUGCCGAUGAGCCCUGAGCUCGCCGCCGUGCGCGCCGAGCUCGAGACGCGUCUUGCAGCCGCGCUAUGA